AUGGUUCAAAUCUAUGUAGUAUGUGGUUCAUGGAAAAGGUGUCAAAUCAAUGGGUGGAUAUUUGUUGCUGAUGAAAGGAAAGGAGGAAGAGUAGUUGGUGUGGAAUCUAAUACUAGGUUUGACGACCUAAAAGCGAUGGUUUUAGAGGAUUUCUCUUUCGAGAGCGGAAUCGACGUCGAGUUUAGCUAUUUGCCACGCGGUUUGAUCAACGAUGCUAUAUCUCCCCGAGUUGUGAUUUCCAACGAUCGGCAAGUGCAAAAUUUCGUUGGAUACAUAAGGAAGCAGGAGUCAAAGCAGUUGUGUUUGACACUUAAGGAUCCCAAAGAAAAUAGUGGAGUCCACAUUGAUGGUAAUGGUGAUCAUGGAGGUGUACCUCCAACCGAUGGAUUAUCCCAUGUCAAAGAUGAGAUCAAAAAAGGGAAAAUGAUACUCAAAGAGAUCAAUGAUGAAGAGGAAGUAUUGUCGCAAAAGGAAAUCGAGUAUGAUUAUCAAUUUCGUGGCGCUUUGAUGGAAGCUGUGAAGAUAAAGCAAGAAUUCAGAAGCAAAAGUCUGUUGAAAUCCACUUUCGAAAUCCUUGCUAUGAAGCACAAUUUCGACUACAUCGUGCUCAAAUCGGACACUAGUUUUUGGACAGCUCGGUGUGUGGUCAAAGAAUGCAACUGGCGCGUUCGAGCAGUGAGUCUAAAAGGUACGACCAUGUUUGUCAUCACCAAGUAUGUGGGUGAACACACUUGUGCUCCUUCAGGUAAAGCCAAAAUCGGGAGGACAGCUUCAGCGAAGACAAUUGGCAAUCUCAUUAUGCAGAAGUAUGAAGGUGUCAAAGAAGGACCUAAACCCAAUGAUAUCAUUCAGCUGAUGCGUAUUGAGCACGGAUGCAAGAUCUCUUACGAUCUAGCAUGGGAGGCACGUGAGUUUGCUGUCAAUUAUGUGAGAGGAAUACCUGAGGAGAGUUAUGCAAAAAUACCAAGGUACUUGCACAUGCUAAAAGAAGCUAAUCCGGGUACCCAUACAGCUUUCAAGACGGAUCCUGAUGGUAGUUUCAGAUACAUGUUCAUCUCUUUUGGUCAGUCUAUAAGAGGGUUCUACAAAGCCAUGCGACGGGUAAUCGUUAUUGAUGGUACAUUCUUGAAGAAUAAAUACAAAGGAACACUACUAGUUGCUACAGCUUUAGAUGGUAACUCGAAUUUGUAUCCACUAGCAUUUGGUGUGGUUGAUUCAGAGAAUGAUCUAUCAUGGGAAUGGUUUUUGAGGCAGCUACAUGUUGUUAUUGAGGAUGAUUACGAUCUGGCCUUCAUCUCAGACAGGAAUUUGUCCAUUGGCAGACUACUUCCUAUAGUUUACCAACGAGCUACUCAUGGAAUUUGUAUUCACCACUUGCUGAACAAUGUCAUCUCUUAUCUACAUGGAAAAGGUGUGGCUGCUUUGGUUGCAAAGGCUUCUAAAGCAUACAGAAUUGCUGAUUUUCAGACGAUGAUGACUGAUAUCGUUAAGAACAGACCGGAUGUGGGGAAGUAUCUUGUGAAAGCUGAUGUGAGAAAGUGGGCUCGCUGUCUAUUUGUUGGAUACAGGUAUGAUGUUAGGACAACUAACCCCGCUGAGUCGUUGAAUUCAGCAUUGAGAUCACCUAGAGAGUUCCCGGUAAUCCCUCUACUAGACAGCAUUAGAGAAAUGUUGACAAGGUGGUUCUUUAAGCGUAGAACAUUGAGCUCCAAGCAUACCCACCCUCUAACCGUUGCUGUUGAGAAGAAGAUUACAAGAAGGACGGAAAAGGGUAAAGCAUUCACGGUUCAGCAAGUAGAUGCAACUCGAUUUGUGGUGGGAGGUGACAUCUACGAAUGUGUGGUUGAUUUGGCGAAGCGAACAUGUACAUGCGCCAAGUUUGAUCUGCAGAAAAUUCCAUGUAGGCAUGCGAUCCCAGCAAUUUUUGCAAUUGGAAAGCAACCACAUGAAUUCACAGAUGAGCUGUGGAAAACUGAGUUAUGGAGAGUUGGGUAUGAAGAAGCAGUAAAUCCAAUAGGUGUUCCUGAGGAUGCAUGGAGUGUCCCCCAAGUUGUUGAUGAAGAGAUUGUUUCUUGUCCAGAAUCACGCAGAGCUGCUGGUAGGAGAAGAAAGAGACGGUUUGAAUCGGUUGAGGACAAGAUUAGAUCGCAGCAAAGGAAGACACACAAGUGUAGUCGAUGUGAUAAUUCAGGCCACAAUAGAGCAACAUGUGACAUGCCAAUCUAG